CGGGGCUCGGUGCAAGGCUGCGGGCCGCAAGUGUGCGUGUUUCCGAGGCCGAGCUGGGCGCUGCCCUUGUCCUCGCAGAAGCGCGGGAGUGCCCGCCUGACUGCCCUGGCCCCCCGGGCGGGUCGCUGGGGCGCGCGGUCGCCCCGCCGCCUGGGCAGUGGGAGCCCUGAGCACUUGCUGGUCCGGCCUCAGGGUCGGGUCCGUUCCAGCCUUGGGCCUGCGGUGCUGGACCCUGAAGUCUUGUUGCUUGUGGGCGCCUGGGCUGCUCCAGUUACUGUGCCUGUGACUUCUUGGCCGUCCUUUCGCCUCUGUGCCAUCCUGCUUUGUAAAGGGGGAGACUGGUCUGAUCUCAUUCGCUGAGUGUUUUGAAGGUUGAGUUCAUUCAUGUGAGGCACCAAAAACGGUACCAGACAGACUAAGCACAAGUUCGUUACGUGGCUGUUAGUAUUAACUGUGGCAGCACAUUAUUUUCAGGAGGAAAAAGUAAACUACACUGAAGAAGAACCUGACCCAGAGCAGAGUCUCAAACUGGUUAUGUUGGGGUGCUCACGCUCCCGGAGGGGCUAAAACUGGGGAUGCCUAUUCUUUGGAUCGAGACUCAGGACGAGCAGAGAGCUUUUGCAGAAACGCCACUCACACCUCAGUCUGGUGGCGAAUGAUGGCUGGAGGACCAAGCGAACAUGCAGCCUUGGAUGCCUGGUAUGCAGAAGAUGAAAUGGAACUUCUGGUAGUGAAAGUGGAGGAGGAGGAGGAGGAGGAGGCCACCUCCUUGGUGGAGGAGAACAGUGUGCUGGGCCCAGAGCGUGCGCGACUGUGUUUCCGCACCUUCUGUUAUCUCGAGGCUGCUGGCCCCCGCAAGGUCCUGAGCCGGCUCCGCGAGCUCUGCCACCAGUGGCUACAGCCCGAGACCCACAGCAAGGAGCAGAUCCUGGAGCUGCUGGUGCUGGAGCAGUUCCUGGCCAUCCUGCCCGGAGAGCUGCAGGCCCGGGUGCGUGAACAGCGCCCUGCAAACGGAGAUGAAGCUGCAGCGCUGCUGGAGUUUGUGGAGGGGCGGCUGGAGGAGGCACCGCUGAAGUUGACCGGGGGGACAGCUGUGGAGAAGAUGCAGUGGCACCUUCCUGCAGAGUCCCGGAGGUUGCUGAAAAUGGAAGACAUGGCCCUAAGUCAUUCUCCUGGGGGGACACAGCUGGUUCCUUCCCAGGUGAACCUUUGCAGAGAUGAAAGGCGGCAGAGUGGUGGCCACCCUGGCUCCCUGGGUGGUGAAAUGCAGGCAAAGAUCAGGGGCACAUCUCCAGCUGAGGAGUGUCGAGGACAAGAGCCUGGCAAGACUCUGUGCCACCUGGGUGAGAACACUGCCCAAGUUCCUGCUUGUGUCGAAGCUGAUGAACAGGAGGACAAGUUACAAACAAAGCAGAAAAAUGCUACGGGGAGCAGGCGGCACAUUUGCCACGAAUGUGGAAAGAGCUUUGCCCAAAGUUCUGGCCUGAGUAAACACAGGAGGAUCCACACUGGAGAGAAACCCUACGAGUGUGAGGAGUGUGGGAAAGCCUUCAUAGGGAGCUCUGCCCUCGUCAUUCACCAAAGAGUCCACACAGGUGAGAAGCCAUAUGAAUGCGAAGAGUGUGGCAAGGCCUUCAGUCACAGCUCAAACCUUAUCAAACACCAGAGAACACACACGGGAGAGAAGCCCUACGAGUGUGAGGACUGUGGGAAAACCUUCAGCCAAAGCUGCAGUCUCCUUGAACAUCACAGAAUUCACACUGGGGAGAAGCCAUACCAGUGCACCAUGUGUGGCAAAGCUUUUAGGCGGAGUUCACAUCUCCUGAGACACCAGAGGGUCCACGGUGAUAGAAGUGAGCCUGGAGAGGUAGGAAAGGCCAAGAUGGAAAGCCAGUGGGAAACUGCCGAAACUCCUGUGUCUUACAGAUGUAAUGAGUGUGACAGAAGUUUUACUCAGAAUAGAAGCCUUAUUGAACAUCAAAAAAUCCACACUGGCGAGAAGCCCUAUCAGUGUGACACAUGUGGAAAAGGCUUCACCCAAACUUCAUACCUCACUCAACAUCAGAGGAGCCACGUCGGGAAGAAAGUUCUGUCACAGUGACCUCAUGUAUGCAUAGCAAAGUUGGUGCUCAUUUGUCAUUGAACUGAAGCCACCGUGGAGCCUUGCUGGCAACAGAAUUUGUGAAUGGGGGUUUAUUUACUAAUUACAUCAGGUGUUAGUGCCUUUUGUAAAAAGUGCAUUCUGGCUGAGGUGAAGGGAGUUACUGUCUGCAUUUUAGAAGGUGAUGGGAACAACUGAGUUCACAGGAGGCUAUGGGAAA